GUCCCUGCUUUCGCUUCCGCUUGUUCCCGACGCGCAAUUCCCACCGAGAUCUGUACUCCGAAUCUCCGAUCCCACCCAACCCCCGCCCCGGCUCAACUCGACUGACCCCACCCCGGCUCGGUCAAUGGAAGCGGCGGGCGACGGCCGCAGGGAGGCGGCGCUGGGCGGCCUCGCCGUGCUCCCCGACGAGGUGCUCUGCGCCGUCGUCGACCUCCUCCCGCCCGCCGACAUCGGCCGCCUCGCAUGCGUCAGCAGUGUCAUGUAUAUACUAUGUAAUGAAGAACCUCUCUGGAUGAGCAAAUGUCUUUCGAUUGGAGGCCUUCUUGAGUACAAAGGUUCUUGGAAGAAGACAACAUUAUGUAGGCUUGGUCUUUGUUCAGAAAAUGAUGAGGCUUAUCAGAAGCCUCGUCAUUUUGAUGGGUUCAAUUCUUUUUAUCUAUACAGGAGAUGGUACAGAUGUUUUACUACGUUGAGUAGUUUUUCCUUUGAUGAUGGACACGUAGAAAGGAAAGAUGACCUUUUGUUGGAUCAAUUUCGUUCUCAAUAUGAUGGAAAAGGGCCAGUUUUGCUUACUAAGUUGGCUGAAACCUGGCCCGCAAGGACUAAAUGGACAAUGCAGCAACUGACGAAGGAUUAUGGUGAAGUUCCAUUCAGGAUAUCACAAAGAAGUCCUCAGAAGAUAACAAUGAAACUAAAGGAUUAUCUUUCUUACAUGGAACUACAGCAUGACGAAGAUCCUCUUUACAUAUUUGAUGAUAAGUUCGGAGAAUCAGCACCUGCACUAUUGGAAGAUUACAGUGUCCCUCAUCUAUUCCAAGAAGAUUUUUUUGAUAUUUUGGAUUAUGAGCAACGACCGGCAUUCAGAUGGCUUAUUAUUGGACCAGAGAGAUCAGGUGCUUCUUGGCAUGUUGAUCCAGGACUAACAAGUGCAUGGAAUACUCUUCUUUGCGGCCGGAAAAGAUGGGCAUUGUACCCCCCAGGAAGAGUGCCUGGUGGUGUCACAGUACACGUAAGUGAUGAAGACGGUGAUGUUGACAUUGAAACCCCAACAUCAUUGCAGUGGUGGCUUGAUAUCUAUCCAAACCUUGCUGAAAAUGAGAAGCCACUGGAAUGCACACAAUUAUCAGGAGAAACCAUAUUUGUUCCUAGUGGGUGGUGGCAUUGUGUUUUGAACCUCGAGACAACAGUUGCAGUGACACAAAACUUUGUAAAUCAGUCUAAUUUUCAGCAUGCAUGUCUGGAUAUGGCACCUGGUCACAGUCACAAAGGAGUUUGCCGUGCUGGCUUACUUGCUGUUCCGGGAACAUCUGUUAAAGAUAAUGAACAUCAUCCACCUGGCACAGUGAGUAGAUGGCACCACCCUGACAUCAGCCGUAAGGAAAAAAGGCUGAAAGGUUCAGAACCUCUAAGAACUUUGAAUAGUGAAAAUCAGUGUUCCUCCUUUGAGUUCUCAGGUGUUCAGGGAAGUUUGGAGAAUCAAGCUUUUUCAUAUGAUAUAGAUUUCUUGUCCCAAUUCCUUGAGAAAGAAAGGGAUCACUAUUCUUCUGUCUGGAGCCCGACUAAUUCAAUUGGGCAGAGAGAAGCAAGAGAAUGGUUGCGCAGGCUGUGGGUUCUUAGACGUGACCUAAGAGAACUAAUAUGGAAGGGGGCAUGCCUAGCAAUUAGUGUUGACAAAUGGUAUUCAUGCUUACAGGAAAUAUGUUUAUGCCAUAGUUUACCACUGCCCACAGAGGAUGAGAAGCUUCCUGUUGGCACAGGUAGCAACCCAGUCUUCAUUGUCUCAGGCAAUGUGAUUAAAAUAUAUGCUGAAGGAGGGUUGGGUUAUUCUGUCCAUGGUCUGGGCACAGAGCUUGAGUUCUAUGAUCUCCUGCGAAAAGUCGAUUCACCUUUGAUCAAUCACAUCCCUGAGAUCAUUGCAAGUGGCUUUCUUGAGUAUAAGGAUGCUAUCUACAGGACGGUUCCAUGGGAUGGAAAAGGAAUACCAGAUGUUUUGGCUAAGCACUACCCAUUGGAGGCUUCUUAUGCAAACAGCUGUUUUCCUCUUGGGCUGUGGAGCAAGCAACGAUUUGGAAUGAGCAGUUCAUCUGAUGUUUCAAACAGACCAAUUUGGCCUUACAUGGUUACCAGAAAGUGUAAAGGAGAUAUUUUUGCUCGCAUCCAUGAUACGCUGUCCAAGACUGACAUUCUUCUUCUUGCAUCGUCUUUGGGGGUUCAAAUGCGAAAUAUACAUCUAUUACCCCUGCCACAUAUGGAUGUACCCAAAUCUGGGGACAAUAAUGUGAAAGAAAUGGCAGGACCAGUUUGUGAUGAUGACAUGAUUCUACCUGAAUGGAAGCAACUAGUUUCUACUCUAAAUGGGAGAAAGAAGAAUGUAAAGAAGCACCUAGCUAACUGGGGGAAUUCUGUUCCACAAGUUCUAAUUGAGAAGGCUGAAGAAUAUCUCCCUCCCAAUAUGGGUUUCUUCAUCAAGUUUGAUAAGGAUGAUGGUGAACCGGUGUACCCAUUCCCCUCUUGGAUACAUUCAGAUAUUAUGGACGAUAACAUUCUCAUCGAGGGGAUCACAAAUUUGGGUUCUUCCAGUGACAUCAAAAAAAUUUGCGAAGGAGAUCUGGAAAAAAUUAAUGCAAUUCACAUUAUUGAUUUCAGUGAUCUGUCCGUCGGGGAUCCUUUAUGCGACAUAAUUCCACUGCACUUGGAUGUUUUCCGGGGUGAUAUUGACCUUCUCAGGGAGUUCCUACGAAGCUACCAGCUUCCUUUUCUGAGGGGGGAAUCAAAUACUGAUCUCUACAAGUCAGUGCGACAUUCCAAGUUCAGCAGGGCAUCAUAUCGUGCAAUGUGCUACUGUAUACUACACGAGGACAACGUCUUGGCAGCUAUCUUCAGCUUGUGGAAGGAGCUGAGGGCUGCAACGUGUUGGGAGGAUGUGGAGCAUUUCGUCUGGGAAGAGCUGAAUCGAUACCAGCAAUCCUGCACUCUGUAGUUGGCUCGGCACAAUUAACACCGAUAAGAAUAAUCAAGCUGGGAACAUGUGUAUUAUUCCCUUGACAUGUCCAACUUCAAAGAGCAGAAAAGUAGUGAGGGCAGUAGCCAAUAAUUCUGCAAAAUGUAGAAUAUUGUAAAAUUGAUUAUGUAACUUGAAUUAUAUGAUUCUUUGGCAAACUUGACAUGCUUUCAUCGUGAAGUCAGUAGAACUGUAUAAUUCUGCAAAAUGUGGAAUAUUGUAAAAUUGAUUAUGUAACUUGAAUUAUAUGAUUCUUUGGCAAACUUGACAUGCUUUCGUCU